GCACAGAGUUAGAACGCAGAGUUCUGUAUUUAUACACUAAAAUAUUCACCGAAAAAAUAUAUAAUGUAUAAAAAUAAUUAAAUUAAACGCCAUUUUAUAGUUUCAUAAUCUGUGCAUUAAUUUUUGAAAGCAGUGAUUUAUAAUCUGUGUUAAAAUUUUAAAAGAAAUUCGCGCCCAAAAAUGACAUUUACGAGUUAAACUUGAGUGGCUGUGACAUUGUGUUAAUCUGCCUAAAAAGUGACAGUUGAGCUUAAAAUACUUGAUAUUUUAAAAAAGGAAUUCUUUUUUUUAAAUAUUCACAGCAGUGGAGGAUGAGUUAAUUUUUUUUUUCAAUACGAGUGCAAAGGUCGCCGGUGACAUUAUGCCGCAGAUUUUCUUCAAAAAAGUAAUGGUUGUGCGAGACCGUGGCAAUUUCGAGGAUGCCAGUUAUGUAAUCAACAGACGCUACACGAAGAGUAAGAUGUCACCGGUCUGCCACAACUUCGUACAGAAUGCGUGGAAGAAAGACUUCUGCUCGAACUGUUUUAAAUCGCGCGAGGAACAUGUUAAGCAGGAGAGGCCGACGGAAACCAGCAAAUACUCCGUGACUCCGUUCCAGAACAGAAGCACGUUCUUCAAGAAAACUCCUUCCAGUAUCCUUAAAAUACACCCAAAGAAAAAAGGAAAACGAAACGUACGAUUUCCCGAAGAAGUUUGUAGUGUUAUAGGAUACGGAGGCGAUGAUUGGUCAGAUGGUGAAGAAUUUGAAAUAUCAGAAGAAAAUGGCGACGAAGAUACCUUCCCAGACACAGAAGAAGAAAGAGAACUUCAUAGAAUUACAAAAUCUAACACUGACUUUAACACAGUUAAAGCUAAUUUACUAGGCGAAUCUCUCACGAAAUCGUAUACCUCGUUAUUAUUAGGGAAAGUCCAAACUGAUUCCGAUGGUAAAAAGAAGACAUUAAUGGUGUCGGUAACCCCUUUUGGCCAGGAGAACAAUGGUAAGAGUCCAAACGUAAAAACACAUAUUAGAAAGCCAGCCGUAAUUAAUUUAGCAGAACAAACAGAAGAAUCCUCCAGUUAUAAAACAAAUAUUAUCUUGUCCACGUACAUGAAAGAAUCUGAAACUAUUAUAACCACAGACGGGUCUAAGCCGCCAAAUGGUAUUUUAUGUACUGAAAAAUCAUUAUUGGAAGAAAUAUCGGAAACGUUACAACAAAAUAGAAUAAGUACAGAUCCUAAUUUAGUUCAAAGCGAAUGUAGUAAACCUUCUAUCGUGGAAGGUAAAAUGAAACAAAGUAUGCAAGAUGAGUGCGAAAGAAAAGAGAUGUGUGAAACUAAAAAGAAUAGUAUUGUAAGAAAAUCGCCAUUAAACAAAACCCAAGAAAGACCAAAAGUGAAUCUUAGUCGAUCAGAGUUCAAAUUUUGUAAAAUAAACAUUGAAAAUAGUAGUGUUGACUCUGCAGUAGGCACCCUCAACUCGACGGCAAAUAACUCGUUAACAUCAGAUGAUGAAAGUUUUAGUGGACGUGCAGAUUCUGAUAAUGAAGACAGCGGACAUUUCUCAGAAGGCCACAAAAUUGAAGAAACUGUUAAAAUAAAAGUAUUCAAUGAAGAUAAAAAUAUUAAAAUGUCUCCUAUUGGCCAACUACGCAAAGUAGACGGGCAAGCAAGUAACGGGUAUUCUACAUUCCAAAGUCCGAUCAUUGACAUGCCGCCAAUAAUUCCGAAACAACCGGAAACGAUAUUCUCAGCUGAUGGCAGUCGCGAGUUAGCGGGUGAGCCAGAUGGCAGGGCAGACCCUGAUGACACAAGCGAGGCACCAGCCUUACCUAGCAGCCCUGUCCCUACUAUGGAUCCACGACCAUCAUUUUUGCACGGUAUGAUAACCGAUAUAAUGCCUAUAAAACCGGUCCCCCCUGAAAAACCUAAACUUCCUGUCAAACCGGUUAUGAAACAAAGUAAAAAGGUUACGUCACCACCGCAGGUUGUUAUGCAUUUGCAAACAUCAAAGAAAGACGAGGAAGAAAAUGGUAUUAAAUACUCAAAUGAUCACACAAAAAGUGAAAUUAAUGAAUACCGGUCAGACUCCGUUUAUUACGCGAAACCAGUGCUCACGAAACAGGACAGCGAUACGUCUUUGAAUAGUUUGUGCAAGCGCAAAGCACCCACACCUCCUCUGUCACCUACCGAAGAAUACUCUAGUAAUCUAUACCAAAGAAAUCCAAACGGCUUUAUGAAAUCAGACUCGCCUGUUGUUAGAGAAAUGGAGAAGCGAGAAAGAGCCGUAAUGUCUUCCUUACCGAAAAAUAGAUCUUUGGAUGACGAUAAUAAAAAGGAAGUAACUCCGGAACCGGCCCCAAGAAGAAACAUUUCACUAUCACACGACAAUCUACUCUUGGACGAAAAAAGGAAAGGCAAGAUAAAGUUUUCUAUAAAAAAGUUACUCCGUAUCGGAUCUUCCAAGGAUUUGGAUAAGAAAGAGCUAAGCGUUGCCCAAGUCACAAAAGUUACAGCCAAGACCGAAGAAAUAUACGAUUUGACCCCGAAACCUAAGCCGCGUCUUGUCAUCAUACAUCCUUUAGACAUCAACGGAUCAAAUGUUGAAGUUGUGAAGUCGAAUUGUGAAAUUUCUGAGAGCUUACGUCGCUUGAGUCAUGAGGAUGUCUCGUCCAUAUACAGCGGGAGUAAUUCCGCAACAGAUGACGCACCAGCGAGGGUAGUCAACAAACCACCUCCUCCCCCCAGGAUAUCCAGCGAAGAUUAUAAGACUGCGACCAAUGUGCCAAAACCUGCGAGACCGCCUCCUCCAAAAUCGAUUGCCUUGCAAAAGAAACAGAAACAACAAGCUUGGUCAAAUACUCCAAAGCAGGAUGACAACAUUUAUGCUAAUUUAGGAGAGAUCCGAUCGGCGCUGGCGCCAAGGAAACCGGAGCGGACGGCGAGUAUGCGCGAACGUGAGACUCAUCUCGAACUAGUCAAGCGUAGGACUUCACUGGACGAUGAAAAAGAUGACGUGGACGAACCACAAGAACUCGUACAAGCUACCAACGAUCCUGUAAUACACAGUUAUGACGACGUUUACAACAACGCGAAAUACGACGAAGAGAAUUGUGAUUCAGCCAAAAAUAGUGACAGCGAUUAUGAAUACGUGAGCCACGCGAGAUCUAGCUCUCCCGAAUGUGAUGCAGCCAUCAAAACAAGAGCAGAAGAGAGAACUGAACGGAAAGCUGAAGAUACAGUGGAGUUCCCUAAAUACAACUUCAGAUCUUCCCUCCCAUACUGCGGCAGCGAAACUGAAUCUGAAAUAUAUUCCCCGUACAGUUUCUAUAGCACAGAUAAUAUCGACAGUCCUACGAAUGACGAUUACCAGAAUGACAUGACUCCGAAGAACACUACCAACAAAUUGAGAGUAAGGAAGGGAAGGAGCGUGGUGCACAAGAAUCUGGAGGAUAAUUACGGCGCAGUGGUUAUAGCUAAUCACGAGGCGCUGGCGCAGGUUUUGGAACAGGUCCAACAAAGUGCAGCCAUGCAACCAUCAUUACGAGGGCUCAAGGCGUCAACGAAUCUCCGUUGGAGCGACUUCACCAUCCAACAAAGCAAAACCCACACCAAAGCUGGCAAGAGGUUCUUCUACCCAGCGCUGUGGAACUCUACCCAGGGUCCGGCGCAUGUGACCCUGAUGCUGUAUAAAGAGCAGAUGGUCUCGCAAAUGGUCUGCCAGUCCGUUCAACCGACGACCCUCAGUUUGAAUGCCAUUACGGAGUUCUGUGACUUGGUGCCGCUGCAACAGUUUGGGGAGGAUGGUGAAGAUUUGGUACAAGCUACAAUAGUCGUUCUGGCACACGCGCAAGUCGACACGAUCCAGUCCUAUGGGGAAGACCUGCACUCGACCAAAGACCAGCCCCAGAGCGACCAGAUCCACGAAGCCAUCUUCAUGAUGCUCCAACUCAUCAACGGGCUGAAGUGUCUCCAAGCGCGAGGAGUGGAGGAGAUCCCAGAGAGCUUGGCCUCCUUCAUCGUGCUGAGAGAACUGCAGCCAUCCCACGGGAGUACGCUGAAUCUGCCUUCGCCUGAUGAUAGACUUACCUCCCUGUCUGCGCCCAAGACUAAUUGUUAUGGACGGCUGUGUAUAUUGCAAGGACUGACAGACGACAUGAACUGCAGCAAAUCAACAGACGAAGACCUCAACUCUCUGUGCAAAUGUGCCACAAAAGCCACCGAAAUUCUUCUGCCAGGAGACAAGCUAACGCCACUCAUCAAGGAGAUACUUCUAGAAGAAAGAGCAGUUUCCUUGAACCAAGCGAAAUCAGUGCUAGAGUUCAUGCUUUGGGCACCUUUUGACGUCGUUCAAGGGGUACCUGUCGAAGAAAGGGAACUUUCUCUACAGAGAUGGUUAGAUCUGGAAAGGGCAACAGUUUUACACGGUUUGGUUAGAACAAGAGUUCAACUAAAUGUCUUCGAACAAUUGCACUUGAUGUUCUUAGUACGGUCCACUGCUAAAGCAAUGUGCGACGCUUCGGUGUUACUUGAGAAAGCCAAUGUUAUAUAAGUUGAGUUAUAAAACUUGUUGAGUUAUAAAACAUAUUGAAAUAAAAAAUGGUUAAACCCAUGAGAAUAUUUUCCCAUUUGACGUUUUGUUUGACACAUUGCAUGAACAAGCUUAUAACUAAGAACCGUAUACGGGCAUAAACCGAUGAUACUCUUGUAAGUUUAUCCAUUUUGCUAUUUCGGUGUUAACUUAAGUUGUGAGAGUAGGACAGCGCCAUAGGAAGUAGAGAGAGACGGUAUGCUUCUGAGUAUAAGCUACGACUUACGUGUCCGACCGCUCAGAGAUUGCGUUUCUGAUAGGUCGUGAUCGAAUGGGCGAUGUAACUUCAAACUGGCAUACAGCGCCGUUAAACUGCGCUGAUUCAAGGUCAUGCCAAUUGUUUGUCUUUGUAGUGAUGAGACAAAAGACGAGGCAAUUAUACUUGAAGAUGUUUGUCCCAUUCAAUCACGACCUGUCAGAAAAGCAAUUUCUGAGCGGCCGGACAUUACCAGAGAUAUUAUAUAUCAAAUUAAUCUAUGUGUGUAAAAUAACAAUUAGUACGUACGUACUACGCGAGAGUAAAUCUAUAUUGGUGUAAUAUAAAAAGAUAAAUAACAAUAAAUUCCGGCCAUUAGAAGAUUUCGCAUAACUUUUUGAAAUUAUUAUGAAACGGAUACCUAAUUUUAUAAUUAUUUACCUAUACGUAGGUAUCCCUGUAUGUAUAGUCGUCUAAUAUUGUAGUAAGUACCCGUACCUAGAAAAAUUAUGUUGUGACCGAUUUUUCCUUAAAAUAGGUCAUAAUAUAAUCUGUCAUCGAAAACGCGUUGCUCGCUUAGACUAAAUAGGAUCUUAUAAUUUAUGUAUUAUAAUUUUCCUUAUAUUUUUGACAUAAAAUAGUUUUUCUUUUCUCACAUCUACAAGAUAUUUCGAACUAAAUUGGUAGUUGUAGUAUUGUUUCUUUAGUCGUCAAGUGUAUGAUUAAUACAUUUAAGCUUUACUCGAAUUAUUUAUAUGUGCGUGUGUAUAGCUAUUUCAAAUUAAAUUGUAUUGUUUUACAAAAGUAAAACUAGAAGUCUCUUAGUACUAAAAACCACUAUUAAAAUUUUCUAAAUUGUCAAUAAAGUUACUUCGUACCUCAUAAAAUUAAAAAAAAAUUAAAAAAGAAUGUUUUAGUCACACGCACACAAAUUUAUAUUAAAUAAUUUGUUAUUUAUAAGAUUUUAUUUAAAUUAGGCACCAGUAAGAAACCGAUAUUUAUUGACGUAAAGAAUUGGCACGUUUAAAUAUUUAUUGUUAUUUCAUUUUACGUCAUUUGUUAUGAAUUUCAUUUUGGCCUUCACUUUUUAUCAAACGACACAAAAUUCUUGCCAAUUUUUGCAUAUCGAAAAAUGUAUAUCCGGUAACACUCGGCAAAAGUGGUAACUAAACAUGGCCGAUAAUAAAAAAACGAUUAUUAUCGAAAAAUCGAUAAAAUUCGUCUACAAGCAAAACAGUGCCAAUAGUAUAAGCUACCUACGUCACGCACCGAUUUAAUUAUUGGCGCGCCGAUUUUUCUUUAACUUAAUUAAAAUGACGCGAAAAUUCGUGAUAAACUCAAAAUCAGGGACUGAUUUAUAUAUACUCACAUACGUAACCGGUGCCUUAUGUAUUAUACACAUCUAAAUGUACAUUUUAACACUUGUAAUUUAUAUUACUUAUAGUUAUUUAGUUCUGUAAGCGAUGCUACAGUUCAAAUGUUUAAUUCUCUAUUAUAAGAAUUCAUCGAAUAUAAAAUAAACAAAUUACAUAUGAA